AUGCGUAUCUCCAUUCUGAUAUUGUUAUUGGGCCUCAUCGUCAUUGCCAUGGCAGAGCCACGACGUGGACGUGGCGGUUCUGGCAGAGGCAGAGGUGGUGAUGGUUUUAGAGGACGUUCAUCCUCUGGCGGUCGGCAAGAUGGUCCACCUGGUAGGGGAGGUCCACCUGGUAGGGGUGGUCCACCUGGUAGGGGUGGUCCACCUGGUAGGGGUGGUGGUCGUCGUGAUCCACCCCGUGUUCCUGGUUGGGGAUGGGCCGGACCUUGGGGACCAAGGCCAACCCUUACAACUGUGGCAAACGCCACAGCUUCCACCGCUGCCGUCGAAACGACCACCGCCGCGACAACCACACUUGCUCCAACAUCCACUUCAGAUACAACUGAAGCAGCUACGGAAGCAACUGAAACGACAGAGGAGUCUGCUACUACUACUGGUUAA